AUGCGACGAGUUGCAUGUAUACGUCGCAGACACGGCAAAGGCAUGGCGACCACAUCAUCAGCCUCCCGCGCAACUUGUCAUGACGGGUCGUGCACAGAGGGCGGGGAGAGGGUGGAGAGAGUUGACGUUCCGAUCACUCAGUCAACCGAAGAGAGUCGAGACAAGUAUGAUGCGACGACAGAGAGCUUUCUCACGCGCGAGAGCUGUUCCGACUUUGUUGCUAUUGACAUUUUGGAGGAGGGAGCCACAGUGACUGCAGUCGAUCCCGGCCGGAUAGAUCUGCAUUAUUCGGAUGUUAGAGAGCCGUGGGGAUAUGAUCCACAUCCCGAGCUUGGAGUGCGGCCUUGCUCGGUGGCAUCUUUCUUCAUCAUGCAGGCCUCUGUGGCGCGGCACGCCGACACGACUCGUGGCAUGGUGGCCGCCGAACCGAGGCACAGAUCCAGUGCUGGUGAGACAGCUGUUGGAUCAGACGGGGAUAGAGGGACCGCGGAGCACGCUCGACGCUGGGUGGAUAGGCGCUCCCGUGGCGGGAAGAGGAGUGGGUCGGGCGCUGCAGUGCAAGAGGAGGUUAUGGAAGAUCCGGAUGAGCUGAUCGAGGAGGUGACAGUGGCUCAAAGGUUUAGUGACACUAGUGAAGACCCCCUGCCGUGCGUGGUCAGUGAGUUAGGCGGGUGGUCAGUGAGGGGAGCUGUGGUGAGGAUGGACGGCGAGCCACAUGGCGUGUUCGCAUACAGCAAGGUGUUUGAUCAGCUGGGCACCAUCUACUACGAGGAUAGCGCUCUACCAGGAGACGCCUCCUCGCCUUCCUCCUCCUCUUCAUCCUCUUCCACCUCCUCUGCUAGUGUUCUCACUGUGCUGGCUGCGAGGGCAGGAUCUGAGUACGCUGGUGAGAGACCUCGGUGCUCCCUCCUUCCCCUCCUUUCCCCCCUUGCUUCCCAUCCUUUCCCCCCCGUUGCUUCCCCUCCUUUCCCCCCCUUGCUUCCCCUCCUUUCCCCCCCUUGCUUCCCCUCGUUUCCCCCACUGCUUCCCCUCCUUUCCCCCACUGCUUCCCCUCCUUUCCCCCAUUGCUUCCCCUCCUUUCCCCCACUUUUUCCCCUCCUGUCACGCGCUGCAUCCCAUCCUUUCCCCAACCCCAUCCGCGAUCCUUUCCCCCCCGUGCUUCCCCUGAUUUCCCCCACUACUUCCCCUCCUUUCCUUCCCUCCUUCCCCCUGUCUCCCACACUGCUUCCCCUUAUCUUCCCCACUCCUUCCCCUCCUUUCCCCCACUGCGUCCCAUCCUUUCCUCCACUGCAGCCCUCCUUUUACCCCCGUGUUUCCCCUACUUUUCCCCCCUGUUUCCACUUUCCACUUCAGUACCGUAGUAACACCAGCGUUAACCCAUGUUACCCUCUCUGCCUCAUCCCAUCUGUGCCUCAUCCCUUCUCACCCCAUCCAUCCUCUGCGCAUCCCUUCUCACCCCGCCCUCCUUACCACCAUCCACUCAGGUUCAGCAGCGUUGUGGACGGACGGCAACUGGCAUAUUUGCUCUGCAGCAACAAAUGUGGUACUUCAGCCCCAAAAGCAUAG